AUGGAGAAGAUUGCAGAUAUUGAGUUAACGAGCAUUGACGCAACUGAUCCAAAGCCUAGAUCUUUUGCUAAUAGUAUAAAUGCUAUUCUGAUACAGGAGGAUGACAUUGAGACACCAUAUGGAAAUAUUCACGUGGCUAUCCAGGGGGACAGAUCCAAGCAGCCAAUUGUAACAUUCCAUGACAUUGGACUCAAUCAUAGCACAUGCUUUCAGGGGUUCUUCAGUUACCAUGAAAUGCAACCCAUCCUUCGACACUUCUGUGUUUAUCAUGUCAAUGCACCAGGACAAGAAGAUGGUGCGCUGUUUCUCAAGCCAGAGCAAGAUGCUCUUGGUAACCCUGAGUCUCUUGGUAGCAGAUUCGUCUAUCCCACCAUAGAUCAACUGGCAGAAGCCGUCCACCAUGUUGUCGAGCAUUACGGGAUGAAGACAUUUAUUGGAUUUGGUGUUGGAGCAGGUGCUAAUAUUUUGGCACGAUAUGAGCUCAAUCACCAUGAACAAGUGGACUCACUCGUAUUGGUGAACCCAACAGCCAGCAAGAGUGGCUGGAUUGAAUGGGGCUAUCAAAAGAUGAAUUCAUGGUAUCUGAACAGUGGCCAAGUCACAGCGUUUACAGAGGAAUACCUGCUGUGGCACUGGUUUGGGAAGAAAACCAGAUGGACUAAUCAUGACUUGAUUCAGACGUAUAAGGAAUAUAUCAAGGUCAUCAACGCACAGAAUCUGGCACUUUUUAUUGAGGCAUACCUCAAACGCACAGACUUGGGUAUUGUGAGGGAGAUGGAUGCCAUGAGAAAGGUGUCUGCUCGCACCAUAAGAUGCCGUUCCCUUGUACUAGUUGGGGAUGAUUCCCCACACAUGGAUGAUGUUGUUGACAUGAAUGGCCGGAUGCUGCCUGAAAUUACAGAUUUCAUGAAGAUUGCAGACUGCGGUGGGAUGCCAUUGGAAGAACAGCCAGGCAAGACCUGUGAAGCUUUCAAAUUGUUCUUGCAAGGAAUGGGAUAUGUCCCUACUUUGGUUCAGAAGCAAAGUGCUGCAGCUGAAUACAACCAGCUUCAUUCCCUGGAGCGUCAGCUCAUGCCUCCGAUGAGUUGCUGA